CUUGCUGUUUCUUGGCCUUUGUAGGAUGAAAUUUUACUGAAAUUAUAUAAUCAACACUCCACAUGCUCUCUCUCUCUCUCUCUCUCUCUGUCUUCUUAUACUCCGAGUUCUUACCUUGUUUUGGUAGAGAUUUCUAAGACAAAUUAAGUUAGUUUCUAUAUAUCUGUCUGUGUUCCUGUUUUGUCCUCUUACCUCGAAUCUCUGUCAACCACACCAAACAUGAUGAUGCCAGAUGAUCAUCUCCAUCUCCCAUUCCCUAAUUUCGUUCAUCAACAAGAACCCAUCAACCCAAAUCCAAACCAAAACCCUAACCCUACCUCCGCAAAACCAUCCAAGAAGAGAAGAAACCUCCCAGGAACACCAGAUCCAGAUGCAGAAAUCAUCGCUCUAUCCCCAAAAUCCCUCAUGGCGACGAACCGAUUCGUCUGCGAAAUCUGCAACAAAGGGUUCCAGAGAGACCAGAACCUGCAGCUUCACCGAAGAGGCCACAACUUGCCAUGGAAGCUGAAGCAAAGGACGAACAAGGACCAAGUGAAGAAGAAAGUGUACGUAUGCCCCGAGAAAAGCUGCGUCCACCACGAUCCUGCUCGAGCGCUCGGAGAUCUUACAGGAAUCAAGAAACACUACAGCAGAAAACAUGGAGAGAAGAAGUGGAAGUGUGAAAAGUGUUCCAAGAAGUAUGCUGUCAUGUCCGAUUGGAAAGCUCACAGCAAGAUUUGUGGAACCAGAGAAUAUAGAUGCGAUUGCGGCACCCUCUUCUCCAGGAAGGACAGUUUCAUCACUCAUAGAGCCUUUUGCGACGCUUUGGCCGAGGAGAGCGCGAAGUUCGCCUCGGUUCCGCCGUCGGUUCCCACCAACAUCAAUCAUCAACAUCAACCACCGAACGCCACUCCUUCCCAGUUGGAUCCUACCCUCAUUGGACAUGGCCUCAAUCUCAACGGAAACACCAAUGUCUUGUUCGGACAAAGCUACUACACUGCCAGCGCUGGUCUUCAUCCCGACCAGAUCUCACCGCCUAUGAACAUUCUCGCGUUGUCUUCCUCCUCCCCUCGUGGCACGUUCGAAUCUCUUCACAAUCUAUGGCAGUUGCAAGGACAGUCUGCUUCUCAUCAAUGGCCGCUCAAUAGCAAUCCCAACAGCAGUUUACAAAGGGGACUGAUGCCCAAGAAUCAAGAAGAUGAGAUCAAGAAAGGAAGUGGUGGCAGUGGAAGUAGAAGUUUGAACCCGAUGACGGAUCCGUCUUUAUCUUCUCUGUUCACGCCGACCAACAAUAACCAGAACGUUCAACAACAAGCAGCUUACAUGUCGGCUACCGCCUUGCUUCAGAAGGCGGCUCAAAUGGGGUCGACAAGAUCGAAUUCAAACGGUACAACCGCUGCUUUCGGGCUAAUGACUUCUUCUCUCUUCAACAACACGCAACCAAACACGAAUUCUAUCAAGAAACGAACAGAUACUACGGAGAAUAAUCAAGAUUCAAUGGCGAAUAUGAAGAACAAAGCUUCAAUGCCUUCUUCGAGUGUGGGUGAAGCUGGAGGAUUGACAAGAGACUUUCUUGGAGUGGGAAGACAUGAACAACAACAACAACAACACCGUCUUCAUCAUCAUUUGUAUCCGUCAAACGGGGCAUUGAUGUUGAAACAGAACCAACCUGGCUUUGGUCCAGCCACUGCCGGCUCAGCCGCCAUAGACAUGGGCUCUACGUUGUUGAAGUAGAAGGUAUGGCGGAUAUCGAUAAACGAAGGAGGCUAAACGAGAAAGUGUAGCGAAAAGAUGGGGGCAAGGAAAAGUUAGGCUCGGAGAGAAUUUCUGAGUCAACUCAAUGCACUAGACCGGGUCAACUCGGUUGACGAAGAUGAAAAAAUAUUUUGGGUCCACUCGCUGCAUGCAUGGGGAAACCAUUGGCCAUGCAUGGCAUUGUAUGUACUUUCCUUAUGUUUCUCGCUUUCUAAUUAGUGUGGAGGAAAAAUCUCUUGUUUGGAAUAAUUUUGUGAAAAAGAAAGACCGAGGAGCAGUGUGUUGUGUUACCGCAUUAAUUAAAUAUUCGUGUAAUCGAAAAAUUAAAUUUCAUUUA